GCUGUCUUCUGCAUUUAGCUCAUCAUAUCAAUGUUGCUGCUGGGGUCGGUUUCUCGGGACCCCCAUCCCACGCGUCUCGCUGUCUACUAGGAUUUGUCUGCAGACCCUGGCCGCAUGAGUCGGGACGUAGUGAGUAUAGUUUCAUGGUUUUAUACUGCCAUCUCCUGUCGGAUACUAAUUGAGAGAUACUUCAAGAGUCCGCUGCUCAGGUAUGCCUGUCAUCACCGCGCAAGCUUUCCAACCUUCGCUUUUUGACGCCCAUCAACAUGCGAGGCGAAGUAAUUGGGCAGAAAGCCAGCCCGGGGUUAUCCUUGUUUUUGUUAUUGUUUUUCUCGUUGGUUUCGGCAUUCUUGGAAUCAUAGUCCAUAAGGCGUGGGAGGCUCGCAGGGCCGAGAGGGCUGAGUGGACUGUUGAAGAGAUCAAGGAUGAUGUUUAGCGUACACUGGCAUAAUACUUGCAUCGCAGCCUCAUUUUCUACAAGUGAAUUUUUAACCGGUUGGGACUGCAGGGUAUAACUAGUGUAGGAUAUCGUUCGCUAUCGAAAGUACUUUGCGCAUCACCAAGAAAAACACAAAAAGACCAGUGACUGCUACAUAUUUUAUCUACC